AUGCCUGGUAUCUUGCCAAUGAAAGUGAUUAAGGUCGGUGGCACUGGUUCGCAAAGCCGCAUCGCUCAGGCCUGCGACCGAUGCAGAAGCAAGAAGAUUCGUUGUGAUGGUGUUCGUCCUUGCUGCUCCCAAUGCGCCAAUGUCGGAUUUGAAUGUCGAACGAGCGAUAAACUCAGCCGCCGCGCCUUCCCACGUGGCUAUACUGAAUCGUUGGAAGAACGCGUGCGUGCCUUGGAAUCGGAAGUUAGAGACUUGAAGGAUUUAUUGGAUGAGAAGGACGAGAAGAUUGAUGUCUUAUCACGCAUACACUCCUUUUCAUCACAGUCACAACGAACAGCAUUAGCGAAAUCUCCGGCAACUACAACUGCAAGAUCUCCAAGUUCAGAUGCAGGCACAGGCAUAAUUAACGUCGAACCGUCAAACCGAUCUACUUUCCAAAAAAUUACUGAUAAUCCUUAUAAUUCACUUUCAAGCACUAGCGGAUUUGCUGCGGUCUACGCGAAUAAACUCGUUAGCAAUGGGAAAUUCAAGGCGAGCCCUAGUAUCAGAGCCCUCACCAAACUGUCAGCCCCAGUAUCGCACGCUUCAAAUCAGACCGUCAAAACGCCGCCGCGGCUGGUAUCGGACCAACUUAUUAAUAUUUUCUUCCAAGAAUGGGCACCGCUAUACCCCGUUGUACAUCGUCCGACCAUGCUGAAGGCUUAUGAACAAUAUCUGAAUAAUACGGAGUCGAUGAUAAAUGAUGCCCAUGCUAUGGCGCAAUUAAAUUUGAUCUUCGGGAUCGCAGCUCUCUCGUCAAGCUCAAGAACAAAUCAGGACCCUGCCUUCUUCGAGCAGAACUGGUCAUCGCUCCUUGAUUCAUUCUGUGGUGAAACCUCGAUCGAGACUUUGCAGUGCUUCCUCUUGGCGCAAAUCUAUUGCAUGACCAAGGGCGACUAUCGGAGCCUCCUCAGAUACCGAGCUCUAGCUGUAGACGUCUGCCAUCAGCUACAGCUUUAUCAGAACCAGGACGACUUGACAUCCAAUCCGCUGGAUGGAGAAACUCGCAAGAAGGUGUUCUGGUGCCAGUACGUAUCGGAUCGCUUCUCAUCUGCUCUUACUGGAAUGCCCACUCUCUUACGAGAGGAAUAUAUCCAGAUUGAGUACCCUGCGGAUGUCGAUGAUGAAAACGUAACGGAAACUGGCUUUUUGCCCACCCUUCCCGGCGAAUCUACCCGCAUCUCGAGUGCUCUUGCACUUUUUGAAGCCUCUAGAAUUCUCAGUAAGGCCCUGGAAGAAUUAUACCCAACAAAGAAUGGGCACCAGGUGUAUGUUUCCAGAAUGCGUUGCGUGGCAGAAGAGUUGGACAAGUGGCUUCAGAACCUCCCUACCCAUCUUCGCCUUGAAUUCACACAGGACAAGCCCAGCACAAAUGUCACCAGCAGCCGGUCACCUCUUCUAUCACUUGUAUAUUAUUUUAUCCGAUCAUUGAUCCAUCGCCCUGCUGUGUGCUUUGCUGAGGAAAAUGUGCGUUCUCCGUCAGUCCUGGCACUUUCUGAUUCUUCGAAGCACAUCAUUCAGAUCCUUGAGCUCCUUGACGAACGGCGCCUUUGCCUCUCGUUCAGCAUUAACCGAAAGGAAUUGGUUUUAUUCUCUGGAUUGGGUCUCUUGUGGCAUACCCUAAGUCUAAAGAGUGACAGCAAACUUGCCAAAGAAAGUCAGAAGCUCAUCGCCAUUGUGGUACAGCAGAUGGGACUAGAGUCAUCUAUGGCGGCGACCGAAUUUACAAUAAUUUCUAACACACUGGUCUCCCUCAAUCAAAAACAGCAGGGAAAUGAGGCUCUCAAGAUGGUGGCUCCAGCCCAGAAGCCAUCCAAUUCAACUAAGAAGAACCAGUCGCCGAGUCCCCGCCCUAACUCUAAUCCAAAACAGUCAUCUGUUUCUCGCCGCAACACCGUCUCAGGUGCUAGCCCACCGCUUGCCCAUGAUUCUCUGCGCUCACCCAGCUGGACAAGCCUUCCACUCGCACAGCCUGAGCCUGUUACUGCUCCUCAUUAUCAACAUACCGACAGACAUUCCGUGGACUUGGGCUCAGGCCAUCGUAUGGUUUCUUCAUCCAUGCCAUACGAGUACCCUCGUGUCAUGUCCACCUCUUCCGAUGCCCACAGCGGAUCAAUUACAAUGGCUGACUGGGAAUAUGUUCUCAGCGACAUGGACCGAGGAUAUUCCAAUAUAUUUACUGGCAUAUAUGGUGGCAAGGAAUGCCCCGAGGACCCUGGCCCAUUUGCAACUAUUGCGGCUGAAUGUAGCCGCAAGCAAAACGAUGCCAAUCUCUCACCACACGAUGCCAAACUUUCCCCCGAGGCAUGGUCUUCAAGCAGUGGUGAAUUUACGCAAAAGCAGCCGCACACUGCCCAGAGCGUUCUGAGUUACUCGGGAGAGAGUAUGGGCAGUGUCGAAGAUAGCUUGCACACAUUUGCUGAUACUUCUACUUCGCUUCGUCCCGAGGACAUGAAUCUUCUCGACACGUACAAUGGAAUUCCCAUGCCAGUUGAGACAGACAUUGACGAGUUUGCCCUCGCCAAUGGAUGGGAUAGACGGCUAGCUGUAUAA